AUGCCCAAACGACCCACCACCACUCCCCGAAGAAGAGACCGAGAACAAGACCGAGAAUCAACCCCCCCUCUCCCCCCCUACGAACCCCCAACCAGCACCCUAACCACCCUAUCGCACCAACCCACCACCGCCCCCGCCCUCUCCGCCCUCCUCGCAACACACACCUCCUCCACCCUAAGAACACAUCUCCAGCACGCGCAGGAGAAACUCACCGAUGCGGCGGGGGAGAUCAACGAGCGGUUAACGGAUGCGAAGGAACGGAGUAAGAAGGCCAAAGAACGGAGAAUGAAUCUACGUUCUCAUACCGAAGAAAAUAAUAUCGGAGAGGGGGGAGAAGAAGGGAAUGGAAGUGAGGAGGAGGAAGAGGAGGAGGGUGGGGAUGGAAUUGAAGAGUUCGAAGAGAGAGUGAAAGCGACGACGAAGAUCCUGGAGGAGACGAUUCGAGGGGUUAUUGAUAAGGAGGUUAGGGGAGAAGAGGUGGGAAGGGUUAUUGCGGGGUUGGAGGGGGGUGUUGUUGAACGGAUGAGGGUUAGGGGGGUGAGGAGGAGUCAGAGGGGGGUGCAGUUGAGGAGGAGGUUGAGGGGUGAUGGUAGUGAGGAGGAAGAAGAAGAGGGUGGGGAAGAGGAGGGUGUGGAUGUAGAUGAGGAUGAAGAGGGCGCGGUACCGUUCCUGGCGCAGUUCGAGGAUGAGUUACGGGGCAAGAUGGAGGAGUAUAAUGGGUUGAGUUUGACGAGACGCUACACAACCAACAACUCCUACAUCGGCUUCUACAAAAUCAUCCACGAAGCGAAACACAUCGGCGACGAGAUCCCUCCUCCACCUCACCCAUCAACCUGGUUCUCUCAUCUGGAAGAUCCCCAUUCACAAUCCCAACCACAUCACCAUCCAUCUACCACAUCCACCACCACCACAUCUACAUCCACCAGACAAACCAAAACCACCACCACCACCCGCUCUCACCCCCGUCCCUCCCCCUUCCCAUCUGCUUCCGAAGACGACGAAAUCGCCAUCCAAACCGAACGCAUCUCCCUAAAAUGUCCACUGACGCUGCUCCCCUUCCGCGACCCCGUCAGCAGCACGAAAUGCCCACACAGUUUCGAGCGCGAGGCGAUAUUCACCAUGAUCAGCGGGAGUAAUCAGAUGGUGCCUGAUCCGCGGGGAUCAUCUGGAUCUGGAUCUGGAGGAGGUGGUGGUGGUGGUGGAAGGGCAAGGAAGCGCGUGCGCAGCGUCAAGUGUCCCGUGUGUGAGGUGCAGUUGACGGAGUUUGAUCUGCGGAGUGAUCCUGUGUUGGUGAGACGGGUGAAGAGGGCGGAGAUGGCGGAGUUGAGGGAGAGGGAGAGGGAGAUGUUGGGGGAGAAUCAGGAUCAUGAUGGUAAUGAUCAAGGUGAGGUGGGGGGUGGGGGGAAGAGGAAGAGGAGUGGGAGGAGGGGGAGUGCGGUUGAGGUUGAUGAUGGUGAUAGUGGUGAUGAUGAUGAUGAUGAUGAUGGGGAGGAGAGGAUUAGAGUUAAGAGGGAGAGAGGUAUGUCUGUUGCUGCUGCUGCUGCUAGGAUUAAGCAGGAGAGGGCGGGGUCGAUGGUCGGUGUUGAGGAAGUUGAUUUGGAUGGAGAGGAAGAAGGGGAAGGGUAUGAUUCUAUGUAUGAUGAGUGA